CGGUUGCAGCUCUUCUUUACGACAGUUUUUCCUGCUGUCUCGACUUACACCAGACGCACUCGGUUACGCGAUCGGUCGGUCGUUGGUCUUCAGUGUGUUUUUACCAAGUUUGUGACAAACGUUAGUGAGUUUGAGCAAUGAGAGAAGUAAUGUGAAUAAAACCGUUGAGUUUUGCACAUUUCAACACCGUGAUAUUUAAGUGUAUAAGAUUGGAGUUAGUGAUGCUCUAACGCGUGAGAACUGCAGAAAGUAUCGUUUGAGGCUAAGUAAAGAUCCGGCUAACGUUUGCCGGUGGAGUUGAAGAAUAUAAUGAUGUACUUCAAGGACCUGUUUGUUGGUUCAUUGAGCUGAUGAGAAUGAUCAGCAUUCGAGAGACAAUUAAGCAAAUUUGGAAUUAAAUUACAAGCUUUAUAAACAGGUUUUGAAAAUGUCUCAACGAGAUUCAUCACCAAGUGCAGUGAAUAAUGAUAUUAAUCAAAGAAAUCUUAAAGCAUCUAAUAAACUUCUAGAAACUCCUGAUGAUGAAGAAGACUCUCAUAUUAAUCACAAAAGUAAUCAUCCAACACAUCCGGCUGAACUGAGCCAUUUACAUCGGAGUCGUAAUGUAGAAUCUCCACUACACUCAAUCGUUGGUUCAAUUCGACACUCACGAACUCGUCCUAACCAUAGUCCAAUUUUCUCUGACAGUACUUACAGCUCAGGACGUAUGGACCUUUCUGAUCUUGCCGACAUUAACCCAACCAAUUCUAGAGCUGAUUCCGAUUCGCAGAAGUCUCGACUAUACUAUCCACAAAAUCAUCAGAACAAUGCCCAUUGUCAAAGGACUCUCCUACCUGCCGACUCACCCUACCUGUUACAACAACAUCUAGUAAAUGAGAGCGACGUUGCCAAUGACAGAACUAGCCACCGUCAUUGCACAAUGGACGAACAGAGGCACAGAAAACAUGCUGAUGAACGAUCCAUAAGCCCAACCUCAAGUUCAGAUGCUGCGGAAGUCCUCACUUCACCCAGGCAACAUUCUCGCCACAAACAACACUCAUCUCAUCGUCAUCGUCCUGUUAAUUCUACUAAAGACCAUUUAUAUCAUGGUCCAAUAAGUAGCCAUCAACUAGGUCAUCAGCAUUCACCAGCUGAAAGGCAUCGCCAAACAAGUCUUUGUCAUCGCUACCAUGAAAUUGGUCAGCCAACUUCUUGCUCUCCUGUUUGUGAUUCUGGAAUAAGAGAAGAUGAUGCCUCGUCUUCAGCUCCAUCGAAUCAUCGUGAUCGAUUAUCUAGUUGUGAUGAUGUUAGUGCUAUGUGUUCAUUAGUAGUCACGGCUACAACAACCACUACCACAAUGUCUACCAAUCUUCCAUCUCCAUUGCCCAUCGCCAGUGGCGCGAAUUAUCAUCAUCGAGCCAGCUCGGGAAUCUCUUGCGAAUCAUCGACGUCCUCCAGUAUCAGAAACCAUGGUACACAUGAGAAUUGCAUGACAGACAGGCAUCGAAAUCCUGCUAGACAUAAUCAUGUGAUUCAGCCUUAUGCUCUGGAUCCCCCGCAGCGUGUUCAAAUUGUUCACGCAAGAGAAACGAAAAGCCCACUUCUCAUUGGCCUUGAUACCAUUCAGAUGUCUACAACUCUUUCUAAAAAUAAAUGUCACUGUCACAUCGAUCAUAUUCAACAACAAAUGCAACUGCAGCAGCAUCAGCAAGAACAGCAUCAACAUCCCCAACAGUCUCAUCAACCUCAUCACCAUCAUCAUCAUUAUCAUCAACAUCCGCAGUACAACAAUCAAGAUAAAAGAGGUCCAGAGGGGGAAAGUAAUGAUACUACUGCUGUGACAUCGAUAAUGCAUCAACCCCCUGCUCUACCACCACGACCACCCCCGAGACCUAAUCGAAGAUAUGAUGCAUCAGCUUACGAUCUUCGAGCCGAUAACGGUGAGGGUAGCUGCUGCAAAAAGUACGUCGUGCUCUGCUGCCUCUGCGGGGGUCUUAGUGCCGCGGUUGGAUGUCUUUUCCUUGCUGUUCAUGCUGUUCUUACAGCCCACACAGCCAGCCUUGCUCUAUUUGAAACUGUUCCAUCAUAUAUUCCAGGAACGAUGCUGAUACUUAUGGGUCUGUUUACCAUGCUUUUGGCGCGACGAAAGCAUAGAUAUAGUCUUUUGAUGAAAGUUUGCGGUUCAGUUGGAGUAGUAUGUGCUCUAGUCUGUGUUCUUGUCACGGUCACAACAACAGUCGUCCACAUGUCGAGGUUGCAAGGUCUCCGCGAGUGCGUUUAUACAGCGAGAGCAAGAUCAUGUACUUGCUACGGUGCACCUCAAGGACGAGGUGGUGAUCCAGGUGUACUUUUUGAGGGUACACCACAUUGUGAAGCUGUUCAUGGUGCUCUUUAUGAUUGCCUCAGAGCACUCUUUGGUGUUUCUGUUGCUGGUAUUCUAGCUUGUAUAUUUUCUUGUAUGCUAGUUUAUCAGUUGCUUAGUCAUGAGAAGAAAAAAAUGUAUUGGGAACAGUUAGAGCUCCGAUGUAGAUCGUUGUACGGGCAUGGAGGUGGUGCUCCCAUGAGUGGUGCUCCAGCAGGUUCUUGUGGCUGUUGCAACGACUGUGGUGGUGUCAAUCCCUGGUGGGCUCAAACCCCUGGGAAUCUCUACACUCCAAAUCCUGAUUUAGCACCGUCUAGAAGAUGGCGCUUACCCUGGUCACGUUCACGAGGCCCAGCACCGAGUCCCGAUUCCAAUUACGGCUUCCAUGCACAAUCUAUGAGACACGCACCUGAAGUAACUGAUUCAACACGUGACAACACAACAGCUAUUCCCAAUCCUUAUGGUCUCCUAGAUACCCGACAACCUACAACCCCUUAUUCCGUCCUAAAUGGCCAGAACACGUCCUACACAGCCAGCACUGGUUCCUAUAGCGUUCUAGAAACGCCAGUACCACUUUGGGGACCUCCACCUCCUUACAGUGAUCCCAAUAGUCCAGCAAGAAGACCACAAAUUGUUGAACCUAAAGUUUCAUCCUCUGGUGCUUCUACUACUCCAUCGACUCCUGCAAUUGCUGCUUCUCCAGCUCAACUACCACCACCAAACAGAAUUAUUAAAAGGACUGGGGAUAUAUUCGAUAACAAUGAAGAUCAUCAUCCGCCAAGAGCUCUCCAACACUGUCCACCAUCAGAUAAUUAUGAAAAUACUGAAGAAAUAUCGACUAACACUGACGCAGAGUGUAGUGGUGUUCAUGAAGGGGCUGCAAUGAAACGAAAAAGAUCUCGUCGAAAUUUAAAAGGAGUAGAAAAUGAUGGCUUUCAAAAAGAAUCCAAUAAUCAAAUGACAGCUAAUAAACAAUCAGAAAGUGAAUUAUAUUUCGGCGAUGUAUCUUCAUGUUGUGGACCAGAAAGCAGUUUGUAUGAAUUAGCAGUAGAAAAAGAAUCAACAGGAGAUGAAGCUCAGCAACAAACAGAUUAUAUGCAAUCUCGUAUGAGCAAACAUCGAUUAUCUAAACGAUCUCGGCUUCCUUUACCAUUGCUUCCACCGCAGCAACAAGCAUCUCAUCAAGAUCUAGUUCUAGACACCUCAAACGAUCGUAAUUAUAGUAAUGGAGAUGAGACAAUAGCUUCAGCAGGUGGUUUUCUCGCUCCUGAUGCUCAAUACGAAGUUAUUCAACAGAGUUCUCAUUAUGGUUAUUACAUGUCGCAAGAAGAUGAGUACCGAGAAGCUCCCUCUACCUAUGCUUUCUAUCCUCGAGACGCUGGUGAUGCUGAAGCACCAACCCGAGACUACAGAGGGAUGAUUGGAGAUGAAGAAAAUGAAAGAAAUGCAUCAAUGAAUGCAGCAGGAUCUAAUUUAGAUGAGAAUCCAUCUCAUGAAAUGAUAGUGGGGAGUAGAAGAGGUGGAGAUCAUCAGUGUUGCUCAACAAGUAAUGUCUCAGAAAUUAACACAGAGUGGAAAAAUGUAGAACAGUCCAAGUCAGAAGAUGGUGUUUGUCCAAUAAAUGUUUGAAAAUAUUCGUUUUUAUAAAAAAUAUAAAAAGUUUUUGUGAUGACUGUAGAUGAUAAUGCAUACUAAUAAUGAUAAAAAAUACGAAGAAAAUUAUUAUAAUGAAAA